AUGACAACAUAUGCAAACAAAUUCUUAGGCAAAAAAGCCCAAGAUGUCAAUGGAAAGAUCAGAGUUUCCCCAACGCAGGUAACCUUGGGAAAGCUGUGGUUUUCCAAGGCUGAGCGGUUUUUGAAAACCGUUCGAGGCAUCGAACUGAUAUUCCAGCGCCCAAUGAGAUUGCGGAGGAAGCAGUAUGCUUUUCUCAAGCUCAGCCAAGAAGCGAGGAACCAGUGGAACGACCAACGAGCUGCCCUGGUGCAGGGGUCGCUCCUGCCAACCACGCAGAGAGUUAGCUCAACUCCGUCCUCCUGCGUGCUCCGUUCCACCAGUCUGGCCACGGGUUACAGCGGACUGCGGACACCAGAAGUCCCUCUAGGAGCCAGGAGCCAGGAUAUUGCCGCCAACGUCACUUGGCUCGAACCACGAACCCCAUGCAAUUAUUACUCAGCAAUUUCCUUUCUCGACAAAAGGGGAGGAAUCCACUAA